CGGCUUGCCAAAAAUGGCGGCACCCUAAGUGGCAACGUGAAAGUUGUUGGUGGAAGACGCUGUCCAGUCGUGCUAAAAUCAAAACAGUGGGGACCGUGCGCCAUGUCGCGACUGAUCGUGAAGAACCUCCCGAAUGGGAUGAAGGAGGAGCGAUUCAGGCAGCUAUUUGCCGCCUUCGGCACGCUCACGGACUGCAGCCUGAAGUUCACCAAAGACGGCAAGUUCCGCAAGUUCGGCUUUAUCGGCUUCAAGUCCGAGGAGGAGGCCCAAACGGCACAGAACCAUUUCAACAAGAGUUUCAUUGACACAUCCCGGAUCAUAGUGGAGUUCUGCAAGGCAUUUGGGGACCCAACAAAGCCCCGAGCCUGGAGCAAACAUGCCCAGAAACCAAGCCAGUCCAAGCAGCCUUCAAAAGACUCUGUUCCCCUGGAAACUAAGAAAGAUAAUAAGAAGAAAAAGGUGGCAGGUGAACUGGAGAAGCUGAAGGAAGAUACCGAGUUCCAGGAGUUCCUGUCGGUUCACCAGAGGCGGACACAGGCAGCCACUUGGGCAAAUGAUGCCCUGGACACCGAGCCCUUGAAAGGGAAGAGCAAACCAGCCAAUGACUACCUGAACUUCGACUCUGAUUCAGGGCAGGAGAGUGAGGAGGAGGGAGCCGGGGAGGACCCAGAAGAGGAGGAUGGCCUUGAACCAAAGACAGCUGUGCAGAAGGAGCUGUCAGACAUGGAUUACCUGAAAUCCAAGAUGGUGAAGGCCGAGUUGUCCUCUUCUGAGGAGGAGGAGGAAGAGGAGGAGGAGGAGAGCGAAGACGAAGCAGUGAACUGCGAUGCAGGGAGUGAGGCUGAGGAAGAGGCUUCCUCUGCCGCCCCAGCCCCACAGGAGAGACAGAGCAGGUGGUGCGGCCAGGAGCACAGGGCCCCAUCUGGGAAUAAGAGACCAUCCGAUGCCCAAGCCAAGACAGAGAAACCAGUGAACCAGAAGGAACCCACCACCUCUCACACUGUGAAGCUGCGGGGAGCCCCAUUCAGUGUCACAGAGAAGAAUGUUCUGGAAUUCCUGGCCCCCCUGAAACCAGUGGCUAUUCGAAUAGUGAGAAAUGCUCACGGGAACAAAACAGGGUACAUCUUUGUGGAUUUCAGCAGUGAAGAGGAGGUAAAGAAAGCUCUGAAAUGCAACAGGGAAUACAUGGGUAGCCGCUACAUUGAGGUGUUCAGGGAAAAGAAUGUCCCCAUGACCAAGGGGCCCCUGAAGAAUAGUGCCAAAGCCUGGCAAGGCCGGACACUCGGGGAGAAUGAAGAGGAGGAGGACCUGGCUGACUCUGGGAGGCUCUUCGUGCGAAACCUGCCGUACACCAGCACAGAGGAGGACCUGGAGAAGCUCUUCUCCAAAUAUGGUCCCCUAUCUGAACUCCACUACCCCAUCGACAGCCUAACCAAGAAACCCAAGGGCUUUGCCUUUGCCACCUUCAUGUUCCCCGAGCACGCUGUGCAGGCCUGCGCAGAAGUGGACGGGCAGGUGUUCCAGGGCAGGAUGCUCCACGUGCUACCAUCCACCAUCAAGAAGGAAGCCAGUGAGGACCCUGAAGCCCCGGGAUCAUCAUCUUAUAAAAAGAAGAAAGAGGCCAAGGACAAAGCCAACAGCUCCAGCUCUCACAACUGGAACACGCUGUUCAUGGGGCCGAAUGCCGUGGCUGAUGCCAUCGCACAGAAGUACAAUGCCACCAAGAGUCAAGUGUUUGACCACGAGACCAAGGGCAGUGUGGCCGUGCGUGUGGCCUUGGGAGAAACCCAGCUUGUCCAAGAAGUGCGGCGCUUCCUCAUUGACAACGGGGUCAGUCUGGAUGCUUUCAGCCAGGCUGCAGCAGAGCGAAGCAAGACAGUGAUUCUGGUGAAGAACCUCCCAGCAGGCACCCUGGCAGCUGAGCUGCAGGAGAUCUUCAGCCGUUUUGGCAGCCUGGGCCGCGUGCUGCUGCCUGAGGGCGGCAUCACUGCCAUCGUGGAGUUCCUGGAACCACUGGAGGCCCGCAAGGCCUUCAGAAACCUGGCCUAUUCCAAGUUCCACCAUGUCCCCCUGUAUCUGGAGUGGGCUCCAAUUGGCGUCUUCUCCAGCGCUGCCCCACAGAAGAAAGAGCCCCGAGACUCGCCAGUGGAACCUGUGGAAAAGGACAAGGCAGAGCCAGAAACUGUAUCAGACAGCAAGACACCAGAAGGUGAAAAGCCAACAGAAGGAGGAGCAGACGACUCUUUAGCAAAGGUGGAAGAGCAGGAGGAGGAGGAGGAGGAAGAAGAAGAAGAGAGCCUCCCAGGGUGUACUCUGUUUAUCAAGAACAUCAACUUCGACACAACAGAGGAGACGCUGAAGGAAGUGUUUUCCAAAGUGGGAAUGGUGAAGAGCUGCUCUAUUUCCAAGAAGAAGAGCAAAGCAGGAGCACUGCUUUCCAUGGGGUUUGGAUUUGUGGAAUACAGGAAGCCAGAACAGGCCCAGAAAGCUCUCAAGCAGCUGCAGGGUCACGUCGUGGAUAAUCACAAGCUGGAAGUGAGGAUCUCAGAACGAGCCACCAAGCCAGCCCUGACAUCCUUUCGGAAGAAACAAGUGCCCAGAAAGCAGACAACCUCCAAGAUCCUGGUGCGGAACAUCCCCUUCCAGGCUGACAGCCGGGAGAUCCGCGAGCUCUUCAGCACCUUUGGGGAGCUGAAGACAGUCCGCUUGCCAAAGAAGGUGACCGGGACAGGCACACACAGAGGGUUCGGCUUCGUGGACUUCCUCACCAAGCGGGAUGCGAAGAGAGCCUUCAAUGCCCUUUGUCACAGCACCCACUUGUAUGGUCGCAGGCUGGUGCUGGAGUGGGCUGACUCUGAGGUGACCCUGCAAGCCCUGCGGCGGAAGACGGCUGAGCACUUCCACGAGCCCCUGAAGAAAAAGCGGUCUGUGGUGUUGGACGAGAUCCUGGAGCAGCUGGAAGACAGUGAAAACGACAGCGAGGAGCGAACCCUUCAGCUGUGAGCUGGCACCGAGGGUCCUCGGAUGAUGAUGUUCAGUUGUAGGAGAGAGAUGGCUCCUUUUGUGGAGCAGAGAUGAGAUUGUGUCUUCCAUCCUGUGUGCUUGGACAUUUAAUGCUGAGAUGGCCUCCGCCUCCUCAGAGGCUGGACUUUCUCCAACCAACUGCCACGCUGACCUGUGUUGUAGAAUCAACUAGGAUCUUCAACAAGCCUCCCAGCACUUAGGGUUUCUUCCCCACAGGAACAAAAAUUUAUCCUCAAGACACAAGUGAGAAGUGACCCAUGAACAAGAAAUGUGGGUCCCAUUCUCUGAAGAAUUACCCUCUCUAUUUUUGUGUGGUUUUUAAAUAUUUCUUAUUCGUUUUUCCACUUGUUGUAAGUGUAUUGGAUUCUUAUUUCUAAGUACAAAAACAAGAUGCCUUUUCAACUUUGUACCCAGAGCAGCCCUCUUUGUGGACGUUUUCCUCGUUGACAAGAUGGAGGGUGGAAAUCAUGGUCACCACGUGUUCUCCUUGUUGACCUCGUAGAGAUAAGUCCCUUCCACGCCACCUCUACCCGGCAUCUCCAGCCCCCUCCUUCGUUCCCCCUAUUCAGCAAAACGAGGUUUUGCUUUUCAGCCCCAUUUCUGGUUACAUAUGUACACGGCUGAUAAAAUAUUCCACUUCACCCCUCUCCCUGUGGGACCCGCCGUCUUACGGGAAAAGGGUUUGUAUGACAGCGGCCGUAACAGACUACGCGUCGCCUGGAAACCGUGGGGGAGGAACAUUCACUCUCUCCUGGCUCCUCUUUAUUCAACCUCCUUCUUCUGGUUUUGAUAACGGCAUCACUGGAGAGAAAAGGCUUGGGCUGACUCUGCAGGCUCCAGCUGAGGCCCAGAUGGUCACCCUCCUGUCCUUGACAGGGAAGAUGCUAUCGAGGUCCCGACCGCUUACUCCCUGCAACACCCACCUGCCAUGUACCUCACCUGGGGCCACCCAGACCUGCAAAGUGGCAGGUCCUGCCCCUUCUGCAGAGCAGGCAGUGUCUGUGCUUUAUACAGCGGACUCACUUGAUUCCACCCUGAGGUGGCCCGACUUUGGACACCGGAUGGUGAACACGCCCUCCCUCAAAAGUGGAACUGGAGCAGAAUUUGGGUGGACGGAGGUUCCAAAAAGGCAAGCAUGACUUGAUGGAUAGAAUACAGCAAUCAUCAUGCAUGGAGAGAGUACUGUCUGGGCUGCCUGCGAUUGUCCAUGAAGGAACAAGAUAAAGAUAUGUCUGGGGGCUUUACCCAGAAGGCUCUGGAGGUAAUUGCAGACGGUGCCUUGGAAGAGACUGAUUCUUGCUCCUGUCUCCACCCACGUGGUUCUCUCAUGCCUCCUUUCAUGUGGAACUGAUGCUCUCCAAAUCCAGAAGAUUCCAGAGGCAAAAAUGGGACAGAGAAAGGUUUGCAGGGGUGGGGAGACAUCCUUCCCCAAGCUUCCUUAUAACGUCCUUUACCAGAAAGCAGCAUCCAGCUUUGUUCAGAGUUUACAGAAGCAGGGAUUUUGCCCGCAGCAUUCUGAAAGCCAGGCAUCGACUCUGGAGUCCCAGAGCUCUGCAAUGGGCCAAGCCACAGACCCUGCACUUAAAAGAGCUCAAAAUAGGGUGUGGGGUUAAUGAGACAAGAAUGAAUUAAACAAACUCAUGAGAGGUGCAGAGCCUUCUGAAAGGCCAGAAGAAGGUGGGAAUCAGAUAUAAAUGCAACGAGCAUUUAAUAAGCACCCACUAGGUGCCGUGCACUGGGGUGACAGAGAUGAGAGACACAUUCCCUGGCUUUAGAGAGCAAUAGCUUAGAGGAAAUGACCUUUGCAGGGAGAUGACCUCUUAGAACAGGGGCAUCAAAGUGGGAGGUUGCCAGGAUGAAAAGGGUCAACUCUAGUGGCCUUCACAGGUGCAUUGAGACCCCUCUAGCCAGGCAGACCAGGCAGUUUUCAGGCUGAGCCUCUUUCAAACAAAGGAGCACAUGUGCAUUACGUAUAAAAUACAGCCCAGGCCCUCCAUGCAGAGGCCCGAUUAGCAAGACCUAGCAACACCGCUGUGAAAGAAAUGCAUUUGGGCCUAAAAAUAAGACGGCCACUGCCAAUGAUUAAUUCUGUUACCUGUCCACUGAUACUGCCUGUCCUCAUCCUCAUGGUCCUCAAGAUGGAGGAAUGAAGCAAAAAGGCUGGAGGUGAAAUGUGAGAAUGUGCUUUUUUUCAUGCCUGAAUAUUACUCUGCUUUUUUCUUGUUUUAUUUUGGAGUGUGCGUGCGUGUGUGUGUGUGUUUGUGUACACAACGCAUUUUUCUCCUAACAAGAAUUCUCUUAUAACCAUUUACUGUUCUGGCAGUAUUUGAGCCACAGUCCCCACUUAAUGUCCAUGCAUAGUGCAGAGGCCAUCAGCAUUUUCCCUGCUUUUCUUCACAUAUUCACUCAUUUAGUCGACAAGUAUCUAUUGAUCUCCUGGGCUUUGCACAACGACAUGCUGCUAAGAUGAAAAGUUCUUACCCCCUGAAGUCUCGUGGGAAAUCAGACAGGAACAAUUCAAUGUAUGGUUUCAAAUAGGGGUAAGAGUUAAAGAAAGGAUUGACUUUGGUUGAGGUGGUCCAGGAAGGCCACCCUGAGGAAGUGACGUUUAAGCCAAGGCUUGAAGGCUAAAAAGACACCACCCAAGUGUUCUGAGUUGAGCUGGGCCAGCAGCACCUUGUGGGGAGGGACAAGCACAUCAGAAGGUCCAGAAGCAGGGAGACGUUGUGUUUGAGGACUUGAAGUUGGCCGGGCUUCCUGGAACACAAUGGAUGGUGUCAUGAGGGACUGGAGAGACGUUGAGCCACACAGAGGCAGCUGUAGAGGGCUCCCGGUUCACUGAGAUAGGAAAGAUAAGUGAUGUAGCCAGGAAGGAUGGGUGGCUGGGGUGAAGACAGGAUGCAGCAGAUGCUGUCAGACCACCCGCUGUUUCCAGUCCCCCUUCGCCUGUUCUCUCCCCUUCCACUCACUUUCCCAGCCCCUCUGGCAGCUAGGGGCAUCUAAGACAGAGUUCCAGCCAAUUCGAUGUAAACAGAGAUCUGGUAGAGCUUUCUGGGAAGAUUUUUGUUUUCCUGAUUUAAAAAAAAAAAAAAAAAGUGAAACUGCAGUCCUCUUCCUUUUCCUCUUUUUUCUUCCUUUAACUCAGAUGUGACGUCUGGAGCUGCAGCAGCUAUUUUGUAACCUUAAGGGAAAGGCCAAGAGACUCACAAAGACCUAUGUGCCACGUAAUCCACCCCAGGCACCUCUCUCCAGUCUUUUUAUUACGUGAGAAGAAUGGCCCCCGUCUGUUUAAGACAUAAUUAGUCGGCUUUUCUGUUACUUGCUCUCAAAAGUAUACCUGAGCUGAUAUGUGGAUUAAGGGUUUGGGGCUGGGGACCAGUGAAUAACAAUAUGGUUGAGUCUGGAUUCCAAAGCAACAGCCUCAAGAUUUUAAGCUGGAGCACAUGUAUGGAAGAGCCUUCUUUGAUGGUAAAAGGAACCUAUUGCUUGCUUCAAUAUCUCCGCUUCAAGUUCCAUAUUUGUUGGGAAGGGCUAAGAAGGAAUGAAUCAAAUUAGAUAUGGUCCUUAUUUUACAUGUGAUUCUUAUUUCACCCAAAAGUAGUUUUGGUGAGCAGACAUCACCAUUUGAGAAAGAUGGCUUUCUGCUUUUUUAAAUUUGUGUCCCUUGAGCCUGGAUGGGGAAGGACCAAAGACGAUGAAGAGUAAACAGCAGGGAGGAAUAGAAAAUCUUUGUGCACAAGCCCUGAAAAGUCAGGGUUUGAGGCACACUGUGACAAUAAACUCUUUGUGGAAUAGGAAAGAAAGUUUAUGGAAUGUGCAAAUUCUUUACACGACAUUAGAACACCAACAAAAAAACAUGUGUUUGGUUUUUGUGUUCACUCAAGACCCACAUAAAUUCUUGUUAAGCAAAGGUGUGCAUUGAAGCACGAAUCAUACAAGGGCCACAAAAUGCAGAUAUCCUAGGGUUGAGGCCUCACGGUUGUGGAUGGCUUAAAGCACAAAUUACAAGAGAUGGGAUGAAUGUGUGAGUCUGAGUGCCUUGGUUCCAAGAAUGUGGCAUCAGGGCCGUCCUGAUCCUGCCUGCUUAAUCG